AUGGAGGUGUCUAUGUCAAAACAUGAUGAACCCCCAACCAUCCCAGGCAAGUUAACAGUCAACACAACCCCUCGCCAACCGCCACUGUUAGGAGUCUCAUCAGACUAUGAUAUCUGGAAAAUCAGAGUAAUGACGUGCCUACGUCGAGUUCCAACAUCGGAACACUUCGACUAUCUUCUGUCUUACUUAGAUGACGAAGCAGCCAAACGAGCGACAGCUAACGGCUUUACUGCGUGCAAUUCACCACCUCAAAAUUGGAAGAUUUUAGAUGAAUGUUUUUCUUUGAAGGUGGACACCCAGCAGACAGCCAUCCAAUUUUUGUCUCGCCACCAGAAACCUCAUGAAAGCCCCAUUGACUAUCUUCACUCAUUACAACAGAUAGCAACCCAGGCAUUCCCUAGCCUGGACAUCUUAGGGCGAGAAGAAAUCACACGCUCCCGUUUUAUUGAAGGACUGUUACCAGGUGCAUUGCGAGAACAUCUACUUCGAGUGCCACCGGCUGACACAGCCGACUUGAAACGAACGGCACUUCGAUUUUUGACUGCUGAAAGACUGUCAGUUCCAGUGGCGACCUAUCGACCAACCGUGAUGACUGUCGACGAAGCCACCGAACCUAAUCGACAAGAUAGUUUUCAAAGUGCCGCGGCUAUUAGAGAGUUCCGUGACCGGAAUAAUAGACGAGGGCAGCUUCAGGAGCUUCAGUAUCUUUGA